UGUUGGGUAGGGGGUGGAAUUUUAACAACAGCAAUGGCGCUGUGGAGUAUAUUAAAGGUCCGCGUGAGGGCCUCGCUGAGGAACUUUCAGCGCCCGCUCACAACCAUCGCCUCACGGGUGGACGAGAGGGUGAGGGUCCGCCUGGGAGAGGUGGUGGGCUCGGAAAACGUCUCCUCCUCGCUGGCCGUCAGGGAGCAGCACGGGCGGGACGAGUCCUUCCACGCCUGCAAGCCGCCAGACGUGGUGGUGUGGCCCGAGAACACCGCUCAGGUGCGGCAGCUCGCCAGGAUCUGCUACGACCACAGCGUGCCCAUGGUCCCCUACGGUACCGGCACGGGCAUCGAGGGAGGCGUCGUGGCGGAGGAGGGUGGGGUCUGCUUCGACUUGUCACGCAUGACGGACAUCGUGGACCUGCACGAGGAGGACCUGGACGUGACGGUGCAGCCCGGGGUGACGCGGGUCGCCCUCAACACUCACCUGCGGCACACAGGGCUCUGGUUCCCUGUGGACCCCGGAGCGGACGCGUCGCUCUGUGGCAUGGCUGCGACGAGCGCCUCCGGCACCCACACCACACGCUACGGCUCCAUGCGAGAGAACGUCGCCAACCUGGAGGUGGUGCUGGCUGACGGCAGGCUGCUGCACACGGCUGGCGAGGGACGGCACACGCGAAAGACUUCCGCUGGCUACAACCUCACCAACCUCUUUGUGGGUUCAGAAGGCACCCUGGGAAUAAUCACCUCUGCCACGCUGAGGCUCUUCCCUCUGCCCGAGGCCGUGGCUUCGGCCGUGUGCCCCAUGCCCAGCGUGACGGCGGCCGGGGAGUGCACCUUGCAGCUGCUGCGCUCUGGGGUGCCCCUGGCACGCAUCGAGCUGUUGGACGACGUGAUGAUGGAUGCGUGUAAUCGCUACAAGGGGCUGGACUACGCCGUGCAGCCAACCCUCUUCCUCGAGUUCCACGGCACCCCGGCCAGCGUGCAGGAGCAGAUACGCACCGCCGAGGAGGUGCUGUCUGGCUAUGGUGCUGGGCAGCUGCGCUGGGCGCUGGCUGCGUCUGAGCGGGCGCGGCUGUGGGAGGCGAGGCACCAGGCCUACUACGCGGCACGCGCACUCAGGCCUGGCUCUGUGGGCUACGUGACGGACGUCUGCGUUCCCAUCUCCAAGCUCCCGGAGGUGAUCACCACGACGAAGGAAGACCUCAUCCAGAGCCGCCUCACAGGCCCCAUCGCGGGCCACGUGGGAGACGGAAACUUCCAUUGCAUCCUCGCGUUCAGCGAGCACGGGGAGCAGGAGCGGCAGCGCAUCACGGAGUUCUGCCAUCGCCUCGUCACGCGGGCGCUGGCGGUGGGCGGGACGUGCACCGGUGAGCACGGUGUCGGUGUGGGCAAGAGAGGUUACCUCCUGGACGAGGUGGGGGAAACGGGGCUGGAGGUGAUGAGGCAGCUGAAGCGUGCCCUGGAUCCCAAGGGCCUCAUGAAUCCCGGCAAGGUGGUGUGACGAGGAUCGGUAAAUCCAUCUGUGCGCGCGGUGUGUCUCUGUGUGCACGCGGUGCGUCUCUGUGUCUGCGCGUCUCUGUGUGUGCGUGCGAGUGUGUGUGUCUGCGUGUGUUGAUUGUGCGUGUGUCUUGUGUG